AUGAAGUUCGCCCAAGAACUCGCAACUAAACUCACCUCUGAGUGGAGAUCGGAAUAUGUCGACUACGUCAAGCUCAAGGAAAUAAUCACGAGACUGAAUGAUGGCAAAGAGAACGAAGUCAAGUUCAGAAUCAUGAAGUCGAUGAUUUCGACGGACUUUAUUCAGAGAGAAAAAAUGAAGCUUUCGGAGCAGUUUUUUGACGAACAGGAAAAAGAAGAGACGAAAGUCAACUUAUUUUUUAAUGAAAAAAUUAGUUAUGCAAAUAGACAUCUAGCGGAUAUCAGCAGAAAUGUCGAGGAGAUACAGAUGCACGCAAAGAAGGAACAGAAACGACUGAAAGAAGCAAUAUGCGAAUUUUAUUUAUUCGUCAAAAAACUACAGGCAUAUCAAGAACUCAACUUCACCGCCUUCCGAAAAAUCAACAAGAAGCACGACAAAAUCAUGGAAAGCGAAGAUGGAGCUAUUUUUAUGAAUAUAAUCAAGAACUCCAGAUUUAAUAUUCGAUCCCUGACACUGAAUAUUGUCAGAGAGCUAGAGUCACUAAUGACGACCUUGGAAGAUGGAGACACUAAAAAGGCCAUGAACAGACUUCGAGUACCGCCAAUAACAGACAUUGUCGAAGGAAAGACAAAUCAUUAUCUUCUGAUAUUCGGAGUUCUUUUUGGCACUUGUCUGAUGUUCCUACUUGCGAUUAUCGGCAUUUUCUACUUGAAUAAUGCUGAAUUCGACGUCGACAAGAACCUAGCCACGACCAUCGUACUCUUUCGUCCGACACUACUUAUUGCGCUGUUCAUUAUUUUCUUCUCGCUUAACAUGUAUGGAUGGGCCCGUGCUGGGGUCAACAAUAUCCUCAUUUUCGAAAUCAAUCCGCGUGAUCGUCUCACUGCCGUCCAAAUGGGCUGUGUUGGCACUGGCCUCCUCCUCCUCUGGCUCAUUUUUCUCUGGAUUUACCUCGUCCUUUCCUCCAACAUCAUCGCAAUUUCUUACCGACCUUACGUCAACUACAUCCCGAUAACGCUUGACAUCCUCUUCAUUCUGUUCGCGUUCUUCCCUUCGAAAGGCACCGAACUUUGGACGACACAAAAAUUCUUUUGGAAACUUUUAAUUCGUGAACUCAAAGCUGGCUUCAUCCCUGUUGCAUUCGUCGAUUUCUGGUUUGCGGAUCAACUCAACUCCCUAGGUCAAGUCUUCCUUGAUUUCGAGCAGACUUUAUGUCUUAUUUCUACGAAUAAGAUUCCUUUAAAUUUCAUUCCAACUCCAUCAGUCGUCAAUGAAUCAGCGAUCAGAAUCGACAGUGAUGACAUAAACGACCCCGCUAGUUUCGUCAAUACAACUUUGCAGCCUCGUUCUGAAGCAGAAAGUGUAAUCGAAGUCUGUUCACCCAGCAGCAUCGACUACGGUUUCCGCUUCAUCUUCUGGGUCUUACCAGCCUACAUCCGUUUCGCCCAAUGCAUUCGUCGAGCCAUUGACAGUCCCAAGCGUCGCGCUCAUCAUCUCCAAAACGCUGCCAAGUAUUCAACCUCUUUCCUAAAAGUUGCCCUUGCUUAUGCAUACGCAUACAGUGGUAAAAGCAGCAGUUCGUUUGCUUUUUGGAUCCUAGCGAAUAUCAUUGCUUCGGUUUUUACGCUCUUUUGGGAUUUGCGUAUGGAUUGGGGCCUGUUAAACUUCCAAAAGAAACAGAUUCUCCGGGACGAACUUAUCUACGGCCACGGAGAGACAAAUUGGAUCUACUACGUGGCAAUAAUUCAAGACGCUGUUCUCCGAUUUGCCUGGAUCGCGAAAUAUUUCCUUGGCACAAGCAUAAUUAGCAGCACUUUAAGCAGCUCCCAAUUAGCACAAGUGUGGCAGUCCUUGUUCGCGUUUAUCGAGCUAAUAAGGAGAUUCAUCUGGAACUUCUUCCGGCUGGAAAACGAGCACCUCAACAAUUGUGGUGAAUUCAGAGCGGUGCGGGAGAUUUCACUUAUUGUCAUCAACGAAGACGAAAUCGUCAGUCUGGAGAACCUAAUGGAUUCUCGAGAGCCAAGUCACUUCCACAAGCUCAAAAGUCAUUGA